AUGAGGUCUCCGCGGCUCUGGGCGGCUCUGUGCCUCCUCCUCACCGCCUCCUGCCGGCUCUGCGCGGCCGCCCGACACGGUUGCUUGUUUGAGAAGAAGCUCUGUCCCAGAGAUCAGCUGUGCAACGACGAUGGUUUGUUCGGACAGUGCCAGGCUCCUCACCAGGAGCCCGUCCAGUACCAGGUGUCUGUACCCGUCCUGCACCGGCUGCAGGAAGUCCUCAAAGACCUGAUGGUGCAAGGUCUGACGUGGAGGGAUGACGUCACCCAGGCGGUCAUCAGCCGAGAGCUGAGUAAUGUUCCUACCAUCGGCGCCUCCUCUAAACUUCGCGAGAAGACUCCCUCCAGACCGUCGGGCUCCGGCCAGCGGAGGGCCCAAGGGCCCCAGGAUCCAGCUGACCCUGAGAUGAUGCAGCAGUAUGUGGACUACAUGAUCCUCGAUCCCUCCCGAUCCUCCGUCCACAUGCAGACGCCCCUGCUGGACCCGUACACCUACCACCAGCAGUAUGGCUACCAGGAGGAGGAGGAGCGCUCCCUCAACUCUCUGGACGAUAAUCCAGCCUUCCCGCUCCUCGCCUCCCCCUCUCGCUCCAGAUCCAGAGGAAACCUUCUGGACCGAGACCGGCAGGUCCUCCAGGACCUGGUGUCUUUUUACCUCACCUCCCCUUCCUCCUCUUCUUCUUCCUCUUCCUCUUUGUCCUCACCUGUGCAGUCCCUCUCCCAUCACAGGGGGGCGGUAGCAGGUUUCCCCUCUCCACUGUCCUCCUCGUCCUCCUCCUCGUCCUCCUCUUUCUUCCCGGAGCUGGACUUCCCUCUGGACUACGGCGAGGACUACGUUUCGCAGAUGUCCAAGCUCAGCAAACAGCAGCAGCAGCAGCAGCAGCAGGAGCAGGCGGAGAAGAAGGCACAGAAGGAAUACAACGCCCUGUCGGGACUGGACGAGCACUCUCUGCAGAGACUGGCUCUGCUGCUGGAUCACUACGGCCUGGACACGAAGGACUUGUCCCCCGACCAGAGAGACAACGUGCCGGCCGCCCUUAAGCAGCUGCAGCUGGGGAGCUCCUACGCCCACAAACAAACCAAAGAUAAAUACGGAAACAAUGCUGCCGCAGGAAAGAAGAUCACGGAGGGCUCAGUGGCGUACAAGAUGGCGGCUCCGGAGGCUCCGCCCUCCACCGUCAGGGCCCCCAAAGCAGAGGGGCCCCAGAAAGAGACGGCUCCCACUGUGGCGUCCAACCAGGACAAACUGGGAAAGAAGGAAACGGCAGCCAAGGCGGAGGAAUACGGCUACAUCGUCACCAACCACAGCCCCCUCGGUCUGAACGACGGGGUGCGCCUGUUGGAGCUGCUGUCAGAGAGGAUCGGCCUCUCCACGGGCUCCUUCAUCAACAUCAGCGUUGUGGGACCCGCCAUCACCUUCAGGAUCAGGCCCAACUCCAAGAACCUGACGGCCGGAAAAGUGGCAGCGACAGCAGUUGCAGAGAAGAACUUCCUGGAGACGGAGACGGGCCUGAAGGUGCUGCAGAGCGGCGUUGGAGAGGUGGGAGCCAGGAAUGACGGGAAAGCGUUGCCCCUGGCGACCCGAGUCCAGCCCGGCUCCCGCGUGGUGUUUGCCACACUGGUGGCCAUGGCCUGCAUCGGCGGCAUCCUGGUGGCGGCCAUGACCAUCGCCUGCCUGCGUCACCACGCCCACCGCCUGGCGGCGAAGAAGCUCGGCCUGGGACCGGAGGGGGGCAGCUUCAGCCACCAGGAGUACCAGGACCUGUGUCGGCAGCAUAUGGCCUCCAAAGGCGCCUUCGGACGCCUGGAAGCCGCCGCCCUGGGCGCCGUGGGCGGCGCGAGCGGAGGAGGGGGAGGAGGGGCUGCUGGCGUUGGGGGAGGAGCGGCAGGAGGCGGAGGCGCGGACUCGAGGGUGAGCAGCGUGUCGUCCCAGUUCAGCGACGGAGCCCAGCCCAGCCCCAGCUCCCACAGCAGCACGCCGUCGUGGUGCGAGGAGCCGGCGCAGGCCAACAUGGACAUCUCCACCGGUCACAUGAUACUGGCCUACAUGGAGGACCACCUGAGGAACAAGGACCGUCUGAUGAAGGAGUGGGAGGCUCUGUGCUCCUACCAGGCCGAGCCCAGCGCCGUCUCCGUGGCUCAGAGCGACGCCAACGCCAAGAAGAACCGCUGCCCCGACUCCGUGCCCUAUGAUCACUCGAGGGUAAAGCUGAAAGCGGAGAUCAACCCUUCACGGUCUGACUACGUCAACGCCAGCACCAUAAUUGAGCACGACCCCCGGAUGCCGGCCUACAUUGCCACCCAGGGCCCCCUGUCACACACCAUCUCUGACUUCUGGCAGAUGGUCUGGGAGAACGGCUGCACUGUGAUCGUGAUGAUGACGGCUCUGGUGGAAGACGGAGAGAAACAGUGUGACCGCUACUGGCCCGAUGAAGGCUCGUCCCUCUACCACAUCUAUGAGGUGAACUUGGUGUCGGAGCACAUCUGGUGUAACGACUUCCUGGUGAGAAGUUUCUACCUGAAGAACGUGCAGACGCAGGAGACCAGGACGCUCACUCAGUUCCACUUCCUCAGCUGGCCGGCUCAGGGCAUCCCCACCUCCACACGCCCCCUGCUGGACUUCCGCAGGAAGGUGAACAAGUGCUACAGAGGACGAUCCUGCCCCAUCAUCGUGCACUGCAGCGACGGUACGGGCCGCACUGGGACCUACAUCCUGAUUGACAUGGUUCUGAACCGCAUGGCUAAAGGUGUGAAAGAGAUCGACAUCGCCGCGACACUGGAGCACGUCCGGGACCAGAGGCCUGGGAUGGUUCGCACCAAGGACCAGUUUGAGUUUGCGCUGACGGCCGUCGCCGAGGAAGUCAACGCCAUCCUCAAAGCUCUGCCCCAGUGAAACCAGUACGAUCCAGACCGAGCCUGACCCCCCUCCCCUCCCCUUCGCUCUUCUCUCCACGAUGAUGAUGAUGAUGAUGAUGAUGAUGAUCUUUCUGUCUGUCGGGUGAUGCCUUGAAACACAAAGUUUGGAAGGAUUUACGCAGGCGUGUCGGAUUUUUCAGUGUUUGUGGCGCAGACGUGGUGUGUUCAGGGACCUUCAGAGGAUAAAAAGUGCUGCAUUCAUGCUAAUUUGAAUGAAGCUGCACUAAAAUUCUCAGACCCCUCUGGAGUCCAGGUUCAUUUUGAUUAUUUUUUGCCGACUUUCUAUUCCAGCACCUUUUAAACUGCCCUCACGCCCACAUGCAUGUUAUCCUCAGCUACUAGAUCCUCCUGUUGUCAACUUAACAAAGUAUAAAGAGGCCAGAACCCACGUUACAAGAACAAACACCUACAAAAAUGUGCAAAUCUCAAGUGAUAAUCACUUGAGUUGUUACUAUGGAACAGUUCAGUGUCGUUUUACUGUUUCUACGCACCAAUAGAGCAGAAUAAUAUAGGGAAUAAAACUGAAAUAGUAACGUGAGUCAGUUCCAGCUCCUGAUUGUGACUUUUUUCACUCUGACCUGGUCCUUCUCAGCUUGUCUUCACACGAUAUAUAAAUAAAGUUGUGAAUAGAUGGGCUCCCGAGGGUUUUUGAAACACUACAGUCGCGCCUCAUAACCUGAAAGCUCUUUGACUCUGUACGUUCCCGCCCCGAAUUCAUUUUUACGACCUGUAUGUGAAUUUUAACCAUCAGGUUUCACGUCCACCUGUGGAAAUCCGGCCCUGACGCUCCAGUUUAAGCAGUUUCUAAACCUGAUUUUUACAAAAAAAUUGAUUUUUCCUCUCGUAAGUUUGUUGAAAAGUGGAAAAUGAGGAAACAAAACGGCUAAAAGAUGAUUUUAAACGCUCCGAAAGCUAAAAUGUCAGGGUGGAAUAAGUGUUCAAGCUUUGAAGGUCACUGGUUAAGUGUAGGACGUUUUGUGAAAGUGAGGGCUGGUGUUGAAUUGAUUGUUUACACAUCUGUAGCUUCCUCUUCCUCCUCAUCACAUGACCUGCAGAAAACACAAACGUACUUCGUCCGUCCCUCAGAUCAUCUGAAGUGCAUAGAUUGUUGUAUACCUCACGCAAAUCAGAAAAUGAAAAAAAAAAAAAAAGAAAGAAAUGCUAUUCUAUGAAAAAAAUAAAAGCUAUUUUGUAUCUGUGCGACCUUAAAUAAAUCUUUUUGUGUUUAAGUGCUGCAAUCACUCCGUUCGACCUGUCUGACUUUCUGUACUUUGUGAUCCUCAU